CCAAUUCCAUGUCGACGACAAGGACAUACAAGAUCUGCUUCUUGUUGGAUUUCCCAAGGAACUACUUUUUUAAUUUUAGGAUGUCACAACAGUUCCUUAAAUGUCAAGUGUAAAAAGGUUUUGUAGCGUGAAUUUGUUGUUGUAAAACAUGAUUAGAUGGAUAGAUCCAAAGCCUGCCUUUUGCCUUUUCUUUUUCCCUCUGUUUCCUUCUUGUCCUUCCUCAGUAUUCACUCAUUUUGGUCUGUUCUCCUACUGAAUCGAUUCCCUUCUUUGCUUUCCCACUUUAAGCAUCUUCUCUUUGCUUGAUCAGAGAGUCAUGGAACCUAUCAUAUUUGCCUGUGGAUGGGUUAAUACAUAUACUUCACCUCAUUUCAGCGCUGGUAACCUAGGCUCUGGCCACCAUGGCAGGGCUUGGUACUGGAGCACCAAUCGUGAAGGUGUAUCAUGAGAAAUCUAUAAUCUUACCAGAUGUGUCAAGGGUGCUUGCAUGCCUGUACGAGAAGGAAAUCGACUUUACGAGAGAGACAUUCUCCUCUUACAAGAGCCUACUCAGACUUCAGGCAUCGGGCCAUGUUCCAGUUCCAUUCUAUGAUGGACCUAAUAAAUUCCUAGAAGAAUCAAGAGAAAUCUGCCGCCAUAUAGCAGAGACUUAUGAAGAUCAUGGAUACCCAUUUCUCCUUGGGAAGGAUUCCCUUGAGAGGGCUUCCAUCGAGGAAUGGCUCCACCAUGAAGAACAUAAUUUCAAUCCUCCGAGCAGAUCCUUGUUCUGCCACUUGGCCUUUCCUGUUGCUGAAGAAGAUGAUGAUAUAGACUUGCAGACGAGAAAGCUAGAAGAUGUCCUGGAAGUUUAUGAGCAAAGGCUUGGUGACAGUGAAUUCCUUGCUGGCAACAAGUUCACUCUUGCUGACCUCGUACACCUGCCAAACUCCUACCACAUCACAAAUUCUGAGAAGUUUCUGUACCUGUAUGAUUCAAGGAAGAAUGUGCAGAGGUGGUGGCAUGAUAUUUCUAGCCGGGGUUCUUGGCAGAAGGUGCUGAAGGUUAUGCAUGAGGUGGAGCGGCAGAACAAACAGGAGGAACUUGACAAGCAGCAGCAGCGCAAACAGGAGGAACUUGAGAAGCAGCAACAGCGUCAGUGGCGGAGACAGCAUCCUCCAACCAGCAGAUCCCCGUUCCGUCUAGACUCCCGGGAGCAACCCAGCACAAAACCUCACACGAUAUUGGUUCGCCCCCCUGCUAGUAUCAUCGCUCCCAAGGCUCCUCAAGCAGAGGAGCCUCAUCCUACUGAAACUUCCCGUGAUGAAACACCAGUCUCCUCAAGCAUAAGUAUUCCUACCACUCAUAAAGCUCCAGAUAUCCGAAGCAAACACACUAUCAUUUCUACUACACAUGAAGAAAGACCACCAGCCUCCCUCCAAAGUACUCCUAGAAUUCCUGAAAAAUCUCCUAUUCCUGUCGAAAGAAGAAUCAAUUUUUUUACCCCAGCUACCUCUCCUAUCACUGAGAAACCCUCAAGAAACGGUGCUGAUAAGUCCAGAAUUAGAGAUGCCCCACUUCCUUCUGAAGCCACUGAAAUAGACCUCCCUACUAAAUCCAAGCCAAGUUCAUCCAAAAAAGCAUCUGAUAACCUUCACGAUUUCUAUGAGGCAAGCAGACAUACAGAUGAAGCAGAACCUUAUACUGGAUCCAUCUCACAAAAACCUUCAGAAAUGCUGGACGAGAUAUCUGAAACUGAUGGGCCCAGCAAUGCCAUUGAUCAUGCCGAAACCAGUCCAAGAUCAGCUAAAGAAGAUUCUGACCGACUCAGGACGUCAGGUUUCUGGACUGAGAACACAGCCCCCACUGCUGAUACUCAGGAUAAGAAAUCAGUUCGAUACACUGAGCGUACUUCACAAAGACCUGUUGGAAAUAUUUCUAGCAGAGCUACUGACCAGAGAGUUACAUAUACUUCUCCUGAGAAGCCCCAUUCAACUGAAGCUCAUCAGAAACUGCAGUCUGAGCAGUGGCAUGCUGCUGUAGCUGGGUUCCCUGCUGACCGCAGAAAAGAUGCUUCUCUUCCUAAGGGUGCACGAGAUGACACUCAAGCUAUUCCAUUACAUGAUGAUGAUACCAACCAGGAAGCCAGAGAAACUGCAUCUGCACCAAGGCAAACAAGAGCUCAAGAUCCAUAUGAUACCUCUGAAGGAACAUCAUCCAGAUCACAACCUAUCAGUGCUCCACAUGAUGCUGUUCCUCCGCCCAAGCAAGCAACAUCUGAAGGCCCUUAUGCACGAAAGGAUGUUGUGGAAGCAAGAAGGUUCCAUGUUGACCGCAGAAAAGAUGCUCCUCUCCCGAAGCGUGUACGAGAUGACACUCAAGCUAAUCCAUUAUAUGAUGAUGAUGAUGAUACCAACCAGGAAGCCAGAGAAACUGCGUCUGCACCAAGGCGAGCAAGGGCUCAAGAUCCAUAUGAUACCUCUGAAGGAAUAGGAACUUACCACUCUUCAUCAUCUAGACCACAUCCUGUCAAUGCUCCACAUGAUGCUGUUCCUCCACCCAAGCAAGCAGCAUCUGAAGGCUCUCGACGUGCAACCACACCAUACCUAGCUGCUCAAGAGGUCUUCCAGCAGGGUAAGAAAAGUCCUGCAUCAAGGCUAAUAGUGCCUCAUGAUGCCCAAGGCAGCACUGAAGAAGAGACUGUGGAAUCAUCAUCCAAAGCACAUCCAUUGGAUUCUCAUCUGGCUGAUGUUCGUCCACCUAACCAAUUUUUGGAUGAAGAUGGUUAUGGUGCAAUUACACCAUUGCAAACAGGAGAUACAGAUGAUCCAUAUAAUGAGAAGCGAGAUAGAGGCGUUGCUGCUCCAAAGCGGAUGAUGUCUCAAGAUGCCUUUGAAGAAACGAAGAUGACUGAUUCUGCAGCAUUUGAAGCACAAACAUCAGAUCAUUGGCAAGCUGAUGCUCCUCCACAAAAGCAACGGCCAACUGAAGAUCCUGAAACUACUGCUUCACCAUCCAAGAAAAGAUAUACUGAUGAUGAAGAUACGGCCAAACAAGCUAAGCAUGCUCAUCAGAAACUGCAGUCUGAGCAGUGGCAUGCUGCUACAACUGGUUUGAGUAAGCUAAAGGGAGAAGCUGAUGAUUUGAUGCCUCCUACUCAACAAGCAAAACCUAGCAAAGAUGUCCAACAUAUCUCACCACAAGAUGCAGAACAAGCAAACACUUGGCCUCUUGCACAAGAACCAGCAGGCAUGGAUGGACAACUGGUGCAAGGACCAGAAAGGACAGCUCGAACACCCCACACUGAUAAGAGAAGAGAUGUUUCUUCUAUGCUUUGGCGACAAGCUGCUGAUGUUCAAGGAAUUGCUGAGGACAGAGCAUCAUCUGAUCAGGGAGGUGCUGUAAGGCCCCCUUAUGCACCCAAGGAUACUGCGGAAGCAAGAAUUGUCCCUGCUGCUCUCAGAAAAGAUGCUUCUUUCCCAAAGCAUGCACAAGAUAAAACUCAAGCUGCCCCAUUAUAUGAUGAUGAUCAUGAUACCAACCAGGAAGCCAGAGAAACUGCAUCUGCACCAAGGCGAACAACCACACCACAGGAUGCUGUUCAUCCGCCCAAACAAGCAGUAUUUGAAGGCCCUCGACGUGCAACCACUCCAUACCCAGCUGCUCAAGAGAUAAUGCAAGCUAGGAGAAGUCCUGCAUCAAGGUCGACAGUGCCUCAUGAUGCCCAAGGCAGCACUGAAGAGGAAACAUUGGAAGAAACAAAGUUCGUGGAAUCUGCAUCAUCCCGAGCUCAACCUGUGGAAGACACCUCUGAAGAAGCAGAGACUCGUAACUCUGCAUUGUUUAGAAGACCAUCUCCAGAUGCCUGGCCGGCUGCAGCUCCUCCAUCAAAGGAAGCAGCAGCUGAAGACGCUCUUAGAGUGAGUCAAUCAUCCCCAGCAAGAUAUCCAAGAGCUGAAGAAACCAGCAAACAACCUAGAGCCCCUGUUUCUAUACCAACACAUAUAGCAGCUCAAGAUGCUAGGGAUGUCUUUAGAGAGCCAAAUGUUGCUGAUUCCACACCAUUGCAAAAGAGAUACCCUGAUGCCAAAGAUGUGGCCAAGAAAUCAAAAAUUUCUGAUUCUGCACCACCACGAGGGCAACCUUUGGAUUCUCAGAGAGCUGAUGCUCCAUCAUGGAAGAAAGAAGCAGCUGAUGCUCCAUCACGAGGGCAACCUUUGUAUUCUCAGAGAGCUGACGCUCCAUCAUGGAAGAAAGAAGCAACUGAAGAUCCUCGUGCAACUUCAGCAUUUGACAAGACUCGUCCUUAUGUUGAAGAUAGCACUAGGCAAGCUGCAGACACUGAUUUUGGGCCAAGGCAGAUUGGAGAUGAACACACUGAAGAAAAAAAGGUUGCUGAUUCUGCACCAUCUGUCAGAGAAAGACAUACUUACACCCCACGAACUGCACGUCCUCUGUCACAGCUAGCAGAAGAGGAAGAAGAUGCCCAGGAUAAAUACAGAGAAGGUAGAGAAACUGCACGUCCUCUGUCACAGCAAGCAGAAGAGGAAGAAGAUGUCCAGGAUAAAGACAGAGAAGGUAUGGAAACUGUUUCUGCACCAAAGAAAAUGGUGUCCAGAGAUGCUCAUGACACAUAUGGAGAAAGAAGGACUCCCCACUCUACAUCCACCUCACCCACACCAUCCAAAGCACAACCUGCAGAUUCUCGGAGCCCUAUCAAGGUGGAGAGACCACGUUCUGUUUAUGAGGAGGACCAUCUCGUUGGCCAAGAUAGCCAUAAGCAACCUCAAACCCUCCCAACUGGUGGGAGAGCAGAUGGCUCUACACUAAAGCAUCAACAAGAUCCCGUGGUUCCAUCUAUUUCUGAAGAGAAAUCAAGUACUCCUCCAGCUCCACCCAGAGCAAGAGUUCGUGACGAUCAUCCUACUGAAGAUCCAUUUAAAGGAGACAUUGUUGGUGACCGAAAAGGAGCACCACCUCAAUUGGGCCAAGAACCAAUUUCCCAAGUCCAACGUGCCACAGAACUGUCACAGGAAGCAGCUCCUGAUGGUGAACUGUCCACCAUUGAUCAAUGGCGGCGCACAUCUGUGCCAUUACAAGGUGAUGAUGUGCUGGGUGGGUCUACCAUUGAUCAAAAGCCAACACCAAUGAGUGAGCAAUCAAUACCCAGUGCUCGGCGUGCCAAUGAGAUGGUCAAAAAAGAGCAAAGAAUGGUACCACCUGCACGAACAGGAGCACAAACGCCCGAUGUUCAGCGUGCUCCAUCAUCAUUCUCAAGAGCUGACACGGCUGAAAGAGAUAGAGAGCCGGUACAAAUGCAAGCACCUACUCAACAUGCUCGGCCUACUUCAGUGCCUACCAGAAGAGCAACUCCUGAUGCUCGUGACACUAGUGAUCAAGAGUUUGCAAACAAAUCUGAUGCCCAAAGAUGGAAUGCCUUGAAAGCUAAGCAUGAUUUAGCCAUGACCAGUGAAGAUGAUCGGAAUGCCAGUCCAUCAACUCAUGAUGCUGCUGUUGACAACAAGACAGCAUUGCCUGCCAGUGAAGCACAAGGUUCAGACACUUGGCCUGGUUCAACAGCAACCCCCGUAAACGCUCAACCUACCAGUGGUGAUGCACGUGUCGGAAGAUUUUCACGUGCUCAAGGGGCACAACCACCUGAAUCAACUCAAGCACAAACCCCUUUUGAUGCUCCACGUGACUCUGUAUCAACCCCAGAUGUACCUCGUGACACCUUGGACAAGACCAAAUCUGCCAAACCAACUUCAACUGAAGGCAUGACACCUACAGCUGCAGCGCCAACUUCGAAGGUCCAACUUGCUGAACAGAAAUUUGCUCCAUCAGAUAAAAAAUUAGCCCCUGCUGCGCCUGAAUCAAGUAAAGAAGAUACUAGUUUUUCUGCUCCUGAGAAACCACAAACAAUUUUUCGUCAAGAAGCGAGACCAUCUGCAGCAAUCACAAAACAAGUUCCAUCCUCAGAUGCCCACCAUGACAGGAAAAUCCAGCAUGUCACCCUUGCUAAAUUUCCCCCUGAUGAUUCACCAAUGCCAGAUCAAGAUUCAAUUCAGUCUGCACAACAAUCUUCCUCAUCUGAGACUAGCAAAGAAGAGACUAUCGUUGCUGCAGCUGGACCGACAUUGCCAACAACCGUCGAUAAAGACACACAAGUUUCUGGACGCCCUAUCAAGGCGGAGAGAACACCUUCUGUUUAUCAGGAGGACCAUCUGGUUGCCCAAGACAGCCAUGAGCAACCGCAAACCCUCCCAACUGUUGGCAAAGCAGAUGGCUCUACACCAAAGCGUCAACAAGAUCCUGAAGAGAAACCAAGUACUACUCCAGCUCCAUCCAGAGUAAGAGUUAGUGACGGUCAUCCUACUGAAGAGCCAUUUAAAGGGGACAUUGUUGAUGACCGAAAAAGAGCACCACCUCUAUUGGGCCAAGAACCAACUUCCCAAGUCCAACGUGCCACUGAACUGUCGCAGGAAGCAGCUCCUGAUGGAGAUAUGUCUAGCAAACCAUCCACCAUUGAUCAAUGGCGGCGCACAUCUGUGCCGAUACAAGGAACUUCCAAUUCUGGUGAUGAUGUGCUGGGUGGGUCUACCAUUGAUCAGAAGCCAACACCAAUGAGUCAACAAUCAAUACCUGGUGCUCGGGGUGCCAGUGAGGUGGUAGAAAAAGAGCAAAAAAUGGCACCAACUGCACGACCAGGAGCACGAACACCUGAUGCUCUCAGCGCUCCGUCAUCAUUCUCAGCAGCUAACACAGCUGAGAGAGAUGCAGAACCAGUACAAAUGCAAGCACCAACUCUGCAUGAUCAAGGGGCACAACCACCUGAAUCAACUCAAGCACAAUCACCUUUUGAUGCUCCACGUGACUCGGUAUCAACCCAAGAUGUACCUAGUGACGCCUUGGACAAAACCAAUGUUGUCAAACCAACUUCAACUGAAGGCAAGGCAGCAGCUCCAACUUUUAAGGCCCAGCUUGCUGAAGAGAAAUUUGCUCCAUCAGAUAAAAAAUUAGGUCGUGCUGCACGACCAACUUCAACUGAAGGCAUGACACCUACAGCUGGACCAGCGCCAACUUCGAAGGCCCAACUUCCUGAGCAGAAAUUUGCUCCAUCAGAUAACAAACCUGAGAAACCACAAACAAUUUUUCGUCAAGAAGCGAGUCCAUCUGCGCCAAUCACAAAACAAGUUCCAUCCUCAGAUGCCCAUCAUGAUACUAGGAAAAUCCAGCAAGCCACCCUUGAUAAUGUUCCCACUGAUGAUUCAUCAAUACCACCUUUUCCAAGUCAUGAACAAGUUUCCCAUGCACCACAAGCAUUCCCUAGUAAAAAAGACAGGGCACCUGCACCAGGCACAAAGGACUCUCCAGCCUCAAAUACCCAAAUUGCUUCAGCAAAAGUCCAGGAAACUAUGCCUGACAAUUAUGGCAUUGAUGAGUUAACAGUGCCAUCUGUCUCAAGUGAAAAGCAAGGUUCCUAUGCUGGAUCUUCUACUGAACCACAUGAAGGAUCAUUUCCUGAUGCUUAUGGUGCCACAGAUGACAAGGACAUAACUAAAUAUCCAUCUAGGCAAGCACCAGUUUUAGAAUAUAGGCCUGAUUCAACACCAGCUGAUAGUUAUGUUCGUCCCAUCAGUGGUAGCGAAGUAUUUCCUGCUGUAAAGAAAUCUGCCCCAUCAGAUAAAGAUUCAAUUCAGUCUGCCCAACAACCUUCUCCAGCUGAGACUAGGAAAGAAGAGACUAUCUUUGCUGCAGCUGAACCGACAUUGCCAACAACCGUCAGUAAAGACACACAAGUUUCUCGGCGCCCUAUCAAGGCGGAGAGAACACCUUCUGCAUAUCAGGAGGACCACCUGGUUGCCCAAGACAGCCAUGAGCAACCUCAAACCCUCCCAACUGGUGGCAGAGCAGAUGAUUCUACACCAAAGCGUCAACAGGAUCCUAAAGAGAAAUCAAGUACUCCUCCAGCUCCACCCAGAGCAAGAGUUCGUGACGAUCAUCCUACUGAAGAGCCUUUUAAUGGAGACACUGUUGAUGAGCAAAAAGUAGCACCACCUCUAUUGGGCCAAGAACCAACUUCCCAAGUCCAACGUGCCACUGAACUUUCACAGGAGGAAGCAGCUCCCGAUGGAGAUAUGUCCAGCAAACCUUCGACCAUUGGUCAAUGGCAGCGCACAUCUGUGCCGUUACAAGCUAUAACUCCCAAUUCUGGUGAUGAUGUGCUGGGUAGGUCUACCAUUGAUCAAAAGCCAACACCAAUGAGUGAACAAUCAAUACCCAGUGCUCGGGGUGCCAGUGAGAUGGUAGAAAAAGAGCAAAGAAUGGCACCACCUGCACGACCAGGAGCACGAACACCCGAUGUUCUGAACGCUCCAUCAUCAUUCUCAGCAGCUGACAGAGCUGAGAGAGAUGGAGAACCAGUACAAAUGCAAGCACCAACUCUGCAUGAUCAAGGGGCACAACCACCUGAAUCAACUCAAGCACAAUCACCUUUUGAUGCUCCACGUGACUCGGUAUCAACCCAAGAUGUACCUAGUGAUGCCUUGGACAAAACCAAUGUUGCAAAACCAACUUCAACUGAAGGCAAGGCACCUACGCCAACUUCGAAGGCCCAGCUUGCUGAAGAGAAAUUUGCUCCAUCAGAUAAAAAAUUAGCUCGUGCCGCACGACCAACUUCAACUGAAAGCAUGCCACAUACAGCUGGACCAGCGCCAAGUUUGAAGGCUCAACUUUCUGAGCAGAAUUUUGCUCCAUCAGAUAAAAAACCUGAGAAACCACAGACAAUUUUUCGUCAAGAAGCGAGACCAUCUGUGCCAAUCACAAAACAAGUUCCAUCCUCAGAUGCCCAUCAUGGUACUAGGAAAAUCCAGCAAGUCACCCUUGAUAAUGUUCCCACUGAUGAUUCAUCAAUACCACCUUUUCCAAGUCAUGAACAAGUUUCCCAUGCACCACAAGCAUUCCCUAGUAAAAAAGACAGGGCACCUGCACCAGGCACAAAGGACUCCCCAGCCUCAAAUACCCAAAUUGCUUCAGCAAAAGUCCAGGAAACUAUGCCUGACAAUUAUCGCACUGAUGAGUUAACAGUGCCAUCUGUCUCAAGUGAAAGACAAGGUUCCUAUGCUGGAUCCUCUACUGAACCACAUGAAGGAUCAUCUCCUGAUGCUUAUGGUGCUGCAGAUGACAAGGACAUAACUAAAUAUCCAUCUAGGCAAGCACCAGUUUUAGAAUAUAGGCCUGAUUCAACACCAGCUGAUAGUUAUGUUCGUCCCAUCAGUGGUAGCGAAGUAUUUCCUGCUGUAAAGAAAUCUGCCCCAUCAGAUCAAGAUUCAAUUCAGUCUGCCCAACAACCUUCUCCAGCUGAGACUAGGAAAGAAGAGACUAUCUUUGCUGCAGCUGGACCGACAUUGCCAACAACCGUCAGUGAAGACACACAAGUUUCUCGGCGCCCUAUCAUGGCGGAGAGAACACCUUUUGCUUAUCAGGAAGACCAUCUGGUUGCCCAAGACAGCCAUGAGCAACCUCAAACCCUCCCAACUGGUGGCAGAGCAGAUGAUUCUAGACCAAAGCGUCAACAGGAUCCUAAAGAGAAAUCAAGUACUCCUCCAGCUCCACCCAGGGACGAUCAUCCUACCGAAGAGCCUUUUAAUCGAGACACUGUUGAUGAGCAAAAAGGAGCACCAACUCUAUUGGGCCAAGAACCAACUUCCCAAGUCCAACGUGCCACUGAACUUUCACAGGAGGAAGCAGCUCCAGAUGGAGAUAUGUCCAGCGAACCUUCCACCAUUGGUCAAUGGCAGCGCACAUCUGUGCCGUUACAAGGUAUAACUCCCAAUUCUGGUGAUGAUGUGCUGGGUGGGUCUACCAUUGAUCAAAAGCCAACACCAAUGAGUGAACAAACAAUACCCAGUGCUCGGGGUGCCAGUGAGAUGGUAGAAAAAGAGCAAAGAAUGGCACCACCUGCACGACCAGGAGCACGAACACCCGAUGUUCUGAGCGCUCCAUCAUCAUUCUCAGCAGCUGACAGAGCUGAGAGAGAUGGAGAACCGGUACAAAUGCAAGCACCAACUCUGCAUGAUCAAGGGGCACAACCACCUGAAUCAACUCAAGCACAAUCACCUUUUGAUGCUCCACGUGACUCGGUAUCAACCCAAGAUGUACCUAGUGACGCCUUGGACAAAACCAAUGUUGCCAAACCAACUUCAACUGAAGGCAAGGCAGCAGCUCCAACUUUUAAGGCCCAGCUUGCUGAAGAGAAAUUUGCUCCAUCAGAUAAAAAAUUAGCUCGUGCCGCACAACCAACUUCAACUGAAAGCAUGACACCUACAGCUGGACCAGCGCCAAGUUCGAAGGCUCAACUUUCUGAACAGAAUUUUGCUCCAUCAGAUAAAAAACCUGAGAAACCACAGACAAUUUUUCGUCAAGAAGCGAGACCAUCUGCGCCAAUCACAAAACAAGUUCCAUCCUCAGAUGCCCAUCAUGAUACUAGGAAAAUCCAGCAAGUCACCCUUGAUAAUGUUCCCACCGAUGAUUCAUCAAUACCACCUUUUCCAAGUCAUGAACAAGUUUCCCAUGCACCACAAGCAUUCCCUAGUAAAAAAGACAGGGCACCUGCACCAGGCACAAAGGACUCCCCAGCCUCAAAUACCCAAAUUGCUUCAGCAAAAGUCCAGGAUACUAUGCCUGACAAUUAUCGCACUGAUGAGUUAACAGUGCCAUCUGUCUCAAGUGAAAGACAAGGUUCCUAUGCUGGAUCCUCUACUGAACCACAUGCAGGAUCAUCUCCUGAUGCUUAUGGUGCUGCAGAUGCCAAGGACAUAACUAAAUAUCCAUCUAGGCAAGCACCAGUUUUAGAAUAUAUGCCUGAUUCAACACCAGUUGAUAGUUAUGUUCGUCCCAUCAGUGGUAGUGAAGUAUUUCCUGCUGUAAAGAAAUCUGCCCCAUCAGAUCAAGAUUCAAUUCAGUCUGCAAAACAACCUUCCCCAGCUGAGACCAAGAAAGAAGAGACUAUCGUUGCUGCAGCUGAACCGACAUUGCCAACAAUUGUCGGUAAAGACACAGAAGGUAUGAGAGGCACUCCAACCUUUGAUUACGAGCCCACGGGAGAUAAACGUGCUGAUAUUCAGAGUGGUAGAUCUGAUGAAGUAGCCCUUCCAGAACAGAAAUCCGGACCCUCAGAUCGGGAUUCAGCUCGUUCUACACAAUCAAGAUCCUCUGCUGAGCCUAUGGAUAAAGAGCUUAAUUAUCCAAGUUCUGCAAAACCACUUUCCUCUGCCACACCUGACCAGACAAAGGACUCACAACCUACUAUUGGUCAACAAGCGCCUGCACCAGGAACAUCAGAAUAUCCAUCCUCAGAACCACUUUCUGUUGUUGAAAGAAAUGAAAAAAUUACUGUUGCUGAAGCUGAAAGCAAAGUGUCUCGACCAGUCAUCGCUCAGCAAGACGUUAAGCAUGUACCAGGCAUUUCAGAACCAGCACUUGAUAAUGUUUCGACGGAAGAAGAAUAUCAACGUGCUUCUGAGCCACGUGAAGGACCACCUCCUGAUGUGCAUGGCACCCUCGUUGACAGAAAGACAGCUCCCUCUUCUAGUCAAGUACAAAGUCCAGAUGCAAAACGUGAUGUGCUACCAUUGAGUGUUGAUGUUGCCAAAAAAACAGUUCCACCUUCUAGUCAAGCACAAAUUCUACCAUCGAGUGUUGAUGUUGGUCCUAGCAGUGAUGAACAGUCAACUACAAGACUUAGACGCGAUCAAGAGGCACAGGCGCAGCUACCUGCAGCAACUAAGAAACCACCACCUUUUGAGACUCCAGUCUACUCUAAAUCUAACCAAGAUGCCCCUAAGUCCUUCAAACUACCCUCUGGUGAUCAAGAUGUCAUGUCACCUAAAGUGGUGCCAGCAUCAGCAUCAGACACUCAAUUUGGUAAAGUAUCUGAUGAAAUAACUGAUGAUGGGCAAAACUCCCCUUUGUCAGCUCAAGAUAUAGCUCGUUCUGCACAAAGGCCUUCCUUUGUUGAGCCAACAGAAGAAGAUGGUAUUGUUGCUGCAUCCGAUCAAACUAACGAGGCACGGCCUAUAAGUGGUCAACGAGGAAUAACUCCUACUCCAGACAAACAAAGAAUUCCUGAUCUGCGUGGUGCUGUUGAUGAAAAGAUGUCACUUCCAUCUAGCCAAGCACAAAAGUCAGACAUUAGGCCUGAUUCAGCACCAAUUGAUGACGAUGUUCAUCGUACUAGUGGCGAUGAACCUGCCACAAGCUCUGUACGUGAUUCACAAGCACGGCCUCCUGCAGGAAUUCAGAAUGUACCUGCUGGUUUCUUGGAAAAGACCAAGUCACCAAGACCACUCUCCACUGAUCAAGAACCUACGGCUAGUCCAGCACCAGCUCCAGAUGCUCCACAAGAUCAAGAUUCGAAUCAUUCUUCACAGUUUUCUCCCUCUGUUGUAUCAAGGAAAGAUGUUGCUAAUGCUGAUCAAACCAAUGUAUCACAAGCAGGCCUGCGAGAGCCCCCGAGUUCAGAUGCUAAACUUCCUUCAGAGGAAAUACAAGAAUCUAGCCCCGAUGCUUAUCUCACCAAGUCAGAGAAACCACUUCCUAUGAAAGAUCCAGUUCGGCCUCCACAUGAUGCUUCCUUUGAUUUAUCGAGCGGUGAGAAGCCCACUAGGAUCAAAGGUGAUCAGGCCAGCACAAUAUCAGAUGGCAGUCCCUCAGCCAGCGAAGAAGUUGGUCAAUCUAAAAAUGGUGCAGUUAAAGGACCACUCGCUGCAGAGUUAGUAUCAUCAUUUCCUCAGAAGAACCUCGAAAAAACAUCACCUGAAGAAAAAUGGAACCACCAGCAGCAAACAGAUCAGUCCACCACUAGAUCAUCUGAAGAUAACAACAUCGAAGCCAGUGGAACUAGAAACCCUAACACCUCAACAACGUCUAGAGAUAUACAACCUUCACCACUCAAGGAAAGAAUGCAGGCAGUUGAAGGAUCCAGAAACCAACAACAGUCUGGCCAAGCUGUCUUUCAAUCAAUACAGGAUAACAGAACACAAAUUCAAGAAACUAAGGCCCGAGACACUGCAUUUGACAAGCCUGAAGUGAUUAGGCCUGAUUCAGCCCCAACCAGUGGUGAUGCUCAUCGUACAAGCGGUGAUGUGCCAACCACAAGUUCUUUACGUGAUUCACAGGCACAGCCUUCUGCAGGAACUGAGAAUGUACCUGCUGCUUACUCGGAAAAGGAGUCACCAAGACCACUCUCCACUGAUCAAGAAGUCAGGACACCUCUGACUAUGACUAACCCAACACCAGCUCCAGAUUCUCCGCAAGAUCAAUAUUCAAAUCAUGCUUCACAGUUUACUCCCUCUGUUGUAUCAAGGAAAAAUGCUGCUAAUGCUGAUAAAACCAAUAUAUCAGAAGCAGGCCUGCGAGGCCCCGCGAGUUCAGAUGCUACACCUUCAGAGCAAAUACAAGAAUCUAGGCCUGAUGAUUAUCUCACCAAGUCAGAAAAAGAACUUCCCAUGAAAGGUACAGACCCAGUUCAGCCUCCAGAAGUAGCUGCCUUUGAUUUGCCGAGCAAUGGGAAACCUACCAUGAUCAAAGGUGACCAGGUGAAUACAAUAUCAAGUGUCAGUCUCUCGGCCAGCAAGCCAGUUGGUCAGUCUGAAAGUUCAGUUGAAAGACCACUCUCAGAUGAGUUAGUAUCACCAUUUCCUGAAAAACACCUUGAAAAAAGAUCACCUGAAGAAAAAUCGAACCAGCAGCAGCAAACUGACCAGUCCAGCACUAGAUUAACUAAAGAUGAUAGCACAGAAUCCAGUGGAAUCGCAAGCCCAAAUAUCUUGACAACAUCCGGAGAUAUACAACCAUCUCCACUCAAGCAAAACAAUCAGGCAGCUGAAAGAUCCAGAAAACAACAACAGGCUGACCCUGUGUUUCAAUCAACACAGGACAACAAAAGGCAAACUGAAGAAACUGAGGCACAAGACACUGGAUCUGACCAGCAUGAAGAAAUCAAUCCUGAUUCAGCACCAACCAGUGGUGAUGCUAAUCGUACAAGUGGUGAUGGGCCAGCCACAAGUUCUUUACGUAAUUCACAGGCACAGCCUCCUGCAGAAACUCAGAACGCACCUGCUGUUUUCUCGGAAAAGAUCAAGUCACCAAGACUACCCUCCACUGAUCAAGAACUUGUGACACCUUUGACUAGCCCAGCACCAACUCCAGAUACUCCGCAAGAUAAAGAUUCAAUUCGGUCUCCUCAGUUGCCUCCUCCUGUUGAAUCAAGGAGAGAUAUUGCUAACACCGAUCAAACUGAUGUAUCACCAGCAGGCUUGAGAGAGACCACAAGUUCAGAUGCUAUGCCUCCUUCAGAGAAAAUACAAGAAUCUAGCCCUGAUGCUUAUCUCUCUAAGUCAGAGAAACCAAUUCUUCCUUUGACAGGUACAGAUACAGUUCAGCCUCCAGUUGAAGGUUCCUUUGAUUUGUCAGGCGAUGGGAAGCCCACUAUGAUCAAAGGUGACCAGGCCAACACAAAAUCAAAUGUUAGUCUGUCACCCAGCCAAGCAGAUAGUCAAUCUGAAAAUAGUGCAGUUAAAGGAGCACCCUCUGAUGAUUCAGUAUCACCAUUUCCUCAAAAGAACCUCGAAAGGACAUCACCUGAAGAAAAACCGAAGCAGCAGCAGCAAUCCAGCACUAGAUCACCUAGAGAUGACAGCAUAGAAGCCAGUGAAACCGCAAGCCCAAACAUCUUAACAACAUCUGGAGAUAUACAACCAUCACCUCUCAACCAACCGUCACCUAUGAAGGAAAACAUUCAGGCAGCUGAGGGAUUCAGAAACCAACAACAGGCUGACCAAGAUGUUUUUCAACCAAGACAGGACAACAGAAAGCAAAUCGAAGAACCUGAGCCACAAGACACUUCAACUGACUAUCCCGAAGACACAAAUGGAGCAUCUCAAAGGGCUGCUUCGGAACAACAACAGGGAGAAAAUGUCGGGAGGGUUCAGCGGCAGAGAAAUGACACAAACAAUAGCUAUGAACCAACUAAAGAUGCUCCAAGUAUCAUCCAGGCAGACAAUAAACCUGAGAGCAGCUCGAGAACUCCUGAAGAACCCAGGCAACAAGCACAGCCGGAAGGCAAAACUCGAGGUGGUGAAAUCAUGUCGCCAGCCUCUGAAACCGGGCAGCCUGAAGAAAGCGAUCUCCCACCAAGCAAGAAGGGUCGCACCAAUCAAUCUCAGUCAGAGACCUCCGCCAAACUGGAAGACCAAACCCCCUCUGCUACCCGGAACAGAGGCACAAACUCCAGCAAAUUGGACGGGGCAACUGAUGACACCAAAUCCGCCGACACGGACGAUAAUAAUCCAUCGUCAUGAAUCACAGCGGCAUGGCUCCUCAACCUACACGUUUUGCUGGAGUGCACCGCUGAAUAAAUAUCAAGGAGAAGUCUGUUUGGAAACUCACUCACCUUUCUGUCUUGUUUUCUUCUGUCUCUGUUUUGUUGCCCGUCCUCUUGUCAUCCUCGAAUGGGGCCAUUGUCAUGUAGUAAUAUUUUUUUCUUCCUGCUCUUUCUGUUGAAAACUGGCAGCUUGUUUGCUCGUGAAAGUGACUGUAUUCUGUCUGAUUUUUGAAAUUAUGGGACUGCGACCGGCAGCGUUGUUCUUUGCAACCAACUUCUUCCACUGUAACCAAUCCCAGUUACCUACUCAAGAUGGUUCUCUGCAGUUGCUGGUUUUUAAGUAUAUAUGGAUGUUAAUGUAAGCAAUGAUCCUUGGUCAAACCCAGUUCUCCUCGUAUGAUUAAUUGUUAUUGGGUUCUCUUAUCGAAUUCACAUACGAGGCUGGAUGUGAAGGCCGAUUUUACA